UUGUACAGCAUUUUACAUUCACUGUCGCGAGACCGCUAGAACCAGAGCGGUACGGAAAAGGAGGAAUCUCUUUUCUUCUGGCAAUUCUCUCUCAAAAACUGAUUCUGAACCACCCAAAGAAGACCUGAAUAACCGACGGUGAAGACACUAAUGAUGGCAGGCUACAUGUCAUUCCUGUUCACGGUACUGUUAGCAGUUUCCAACGUCGCAGCUCAGGGACCACCAGCGGGUCCAGUAGUGAAAGUUGUGGCUUUCAGGUGUGAGGGUGCCAGAGGAAAGGCAGCCAUGUUGACCCCAGGGGCCACUUUGGGGGAUAUCUGCUCUGGUGGCCUAAACUUCACCGUGAAAAAUGUGGGCCAGGUUGACCUGUCUCCUCAGGCUCAGGCCAAUAUUACAUUCUACCUAAACGAGGCGUGCCCGUCUGGUAUCAAACAGUGUAACACUUCCCUGGGCAGGAUUAUGGAGGCUAGUGCAACAGCACUGAGCAGCCUUGCAGUGAACGCUACCGCUGACCUGGAUGUCUCCGCCGUCAACUUGGACAGCAGUAAUAACCUGGGGCCAAUACCCUGUGGACCAACGUGUAUAACUGCCGUGGUAUCAAAUCCAGACGGUCUUGUUUACCGGUCAGUACAGGUCGUUCGCAAGUGUAACACCUCAGGUGUGGAUCUAAGUAUUGGUUUGAACCUCCGCGGUUUUGAUCCCCGAGGAAAUGCCUCCCUACGUCUGAGAACCGGCAGACCGCUGGUUGAGCAACUAAUGGAAAGAAACAUUCGUAUGAAGGUUUCAGUAACAAACAACGGAGAAAGAGACUUGCUCCAUCCAUCCAAAAACAUGCCAUAUGGCGUCUGGGUGUUUCUGCGCAAGCGCAGCAGGCGCCAGGCGAGGGAAUGCAUGGAAGGCAUGCAAGGAAUGGAAGGGAUUGACGGCAUGAGCGGACCUACGACCAACACACAACAACGGCCACCCCGGAAUGAAACUGAACGUGCGCGGGAUAUGGACGAUUUAGCGGCUGGACAGUUUGGCUGCAAUGGUGACGACAUGGAUAGCGAAGACGUCAUGAUUGGACAGAUGACGUUCCGCAGAGGAAUUGCCGCAGGUGAAACUGUUAAUGCCACAAGGAGACAAAUGGAGAGUAUUACCUUGGAAUCUAAACCUGGACAAAUCUUAGUCUGUGGAUUAGCCGAGUUGAUUUUCGUUGUUGAUCCUACCCAUGCUAUCAAAGAUGCGAAUCGCUCUGACAACGUGUUUAGGAUGCGCGUAAAUAUUACGUGCCGUGAUGAAGAUUUCGAGAACUUCCAAGAGGGCUGUGAAGUUAUCCCAGACAUUUCUAGAAAUGGCCACCGCGCCUGGGUGCGUUUUGUUACAGCCCGCAGCGCACGAACCAUGGUGAUGGAGGACGUGUUGUCGGGAGUUUGGAAAAAUCUGGACGGCCGUGAAGUCAUGGACUUGGUGAGGCUAGCUCGCACAAAAGCCAUGGCCAAGGAAAUUUUAAGUAUUGCCGACGAAGAUGGAGAAACAGACUGUAUGUGUGACGGGGCAGACGAUCAAGAUGAAGUCAAAUUUGAGCGCAUGCUGGAGGACGUGAUGGCGGAAACAAUUAAUGGAAGUAAGCUCAUGGGCGACAAAUUUGAGUUUGGUGAUGUUCCUGGUGAUCAAGAUUUUGGGGGUCUACUGGAAGGCGUGUUUAGUAGAAUAACGGGUAGUCAGUUCAGCACCCAUAUGCAGAAUGCUAUGAGCGGCUUUGGAGAUAUGAGCACAUUUAGCGGAGUCAGUGGUAUUGGAGACGCGCUCAGUGGUGUUAGCGGAAUCAGUGGUAUUGGAGACGCGUUCAGUGGUAUGAGCGGAAUGAGCGGUAUGGGUGACAUGUUCGGCAUGGACGAUCUCAGCAGGGACAGCAAGUCACCAGCCGAGUUGCUAUUCAAGGCAGUCACGAUGGGAAGGGACAAGUUUGCAAAUAUAACCGGAAUUGGAGGUGAGAAAAUGGGGAUUUUCGGCUGUGUUUUUGACUUGAUGCGCAAGAUGGAGAGAUUAAUGAACGACACCAAUAACGCAGAGGAGCUGCCGGGAAGAAUCCUAAAUCUGUUCUUCGACAUCGACAGCGAUCAGUGCCCUUCCGGCAAGAGCGUCUAUUCCCAACUGCGCCCUUGCUCGAAAUUCAUGCUGCAGAUGUACAUGUACCUGAGCGCAGACGACAUGGUGGAUGUGGAGGUGGCGAAAAGAGACUUCUGCGGGAUCAGAAAGGCCACUCAAAUGCUGGCCAACGGUGGGAGUGCUCUGGCCAACAUGGAUCUCCAGGAGUUGGAAGACAUGAUGGUCGACAUGAAAAACGGGACAAAAAGUGGAAAGAGGGGCGAACUGUUCAAGGAAUUGGGACUUGUUGCAGAAGAGGGUGGAGAAGCAGCUGUGAAUGCAACACCAUGCCGCGAGGAGAUGGACGAUGCCAAUGCUAUGGAUGACAUAUUCGAAGUGUCGUGGAGAGUUAAAGACCGUAUGAUUCAGUACUGUGUGAAGAGCCCAUUCCAAGCCAUGGAUCGCCCUCAAGGUAUGAGGUGUAAAACAGUAGCCACGUGCGAGUGUAGAAAUUGCGACAACGGCAAUGGAGGUGGCUAUCGUGGAAAUGGUGGUUACGGGUUUAGCGGUAGUGAUGGCGGUUACUACGGUGGUGAUAGCGGAUAUUUCGGUGGUGAUGGUGGAUUCUUUGGUGGUGAUAGCGGAUACUUUGGCGGUGAUGGCGGAUACUUUGGGGGUGAUGGGGGUUACGGUGGCUACGGUGACAGUGGAGCCGGCGACAGCGGCUAUGGUGGUAGCGGACCUGGCGAUGGUGGAUAUGGCGGAUUUUCAGGGAAAAGAAAGUAAAAGAAAAUGAAUUUGGAAAAAAAAGUAGUUAAGUUUAGUCAGUUCGUGGAUUUAUCGAGUAAACAUUUAAAUAAUUUUAAUUAAACUUAAACUAUUGAUCUUUAAAAUUACUAAUUACUUUCUCUCCCAAGCUUUUUUACUCGUAACAAGAAACUGAAUUCACAAAAGACCUAUCUUUGUAUUACUGGGUAAAGAAAGUGUUUCUUCAAAAUGCGUGUAAAGCGCCGACUCUAAACUUAAAACUGAAGACGAAAUGCGAGGAUGAAACCAACAGUCACACGUUUCCACUCUUUUACUUUUAUAAACUGCUUUUCUUUUAAAUAUCUUUAUAUGGUUUUCGUCAGAAUACUAUAUAUUGUGAAAAGUGGUUGAAGGGGUCGAGCAUUUAAUACUCUAAAGAUAAUUCCAGUUUGAAUUUUUAAGACAGUGGUGUAAAGUGAUAAUUGUGCUGAGUUUUUGCAAACUGCUAUUAUCGUUCCAGCAUCUUAUCUGUGAUAUUAUAACCAGACUCUUUAUAUGUAUAUAACAAAUUAGGAGAGGUGUAUUUGUAGGAUAUAACUGAUUGCUUUCAUAACAGAGGCAAAUCGCAA